CACAUGCAUUAUCAACAGCAGCCACAAUCGCAGGGCCCGACAGCACACAUCCCGAAGCGUGGUGCGCGCGCCUGCACGAACUGCAGGAAGGGAAAGAAUCGCUGUGAAGGCGAGGCUCCAUGUCGUCGCUGCCAACUGAGCGGCCUCCCCUGUGUGUUCGAAAAGCCAGAGAAGAAAAAUGGAAACCCUAUGGCGGGACCCAGCGUAGAGCGUCUCUCACGGCUGGAAGGCCAGUACCUGGUCAUGCAGAGCCAAAUGAUCGGCAUGCAGUCAUCAUUGGACAGAAUCCUGACGGUUUUGCAAAACCAAACACAAGCGAAUUCCCCUAUGGCCCCGCCCCAAAUGUACCAAUCCCCAGGUCGAGAUUAUCACUCUAACGGACGUAAUAACGGGGACUCCUACCAAUCACCACGCAGCCAACCUAAAUCGUUUCCGCCUUUACCCGGUUUUGCGCCACCGCCUCACAAAUAUGCUACAUACGGCAUCGUCCCAAGUACUGCUCCAUCAUCCGACGACGAAUCUGAAGAUACUUUACCUCGAGCUACGCUGAAUGCCCCUAUCGAAGCAUUGCAGGGUUUAGCCAACGCGGCAGCGGAGGCCGCUGCGGCUCCCUCGAAUUCGCCGCCUAGGGUCAAAAAGCGCAAGAGGGCAGAGCCUAUCCCCCGAAAUGCUUUUCCACAUGUCGUUGAAAAGGGUCUCGUCAGCGAUUCUGAAGCUCGCGAGCUCUAUCAUAUCUUCUUCUCCGGUUGUCACCUAUUCAUACCGCUCUUCGACACUGCGUACGAUACAUACGAAGGCGUGAUGGAGCGAAGUCCUUGGACCUUUGAUGCUAUCCUAGCCGUGGCAGGAAAAAUCCGGAGCGGCAACGGACCCCUCAGUUCGACGUUCUACAAGUGCCUCGAGGAAGCACAGGGAAUCGCUCGUUCGUCACUCUUCGGACCGGUCGUGCGGAAGGAAGCUGUUAUGGGGAUGUUGCUACUCGCUGCAUGGAGCACCAACGGAUGGCUACCUAGUGGACAUGCAAUGCGGAUGGCACUAGACCUUGGCUUGCAUCGGGCCCUCGAGAAACUUGUGGAUGAUAAUGGCAAGAAGCGCACGGAGGAGGAAGAACGAGAUCUAGUUGUGUCCGCUCGUAUAUGGCUUUGCCUCUAUUGGUUCGACCAUCAGAUGAGCCUUGGCACGGGUCGGCCGAUUGUACUCAGGGACGAAAGCUCUAUCAAACACUGCCGGGUUCUCCUCACGCAUCCAAUGGCAUCACCUACCGACGUUCGCUUGGUUUCCCAGGUUGAGCUCAUUGCGCAAAAGACGCAAAUCUACGAAACGUUAUCUCCACUGAAUGGCCAAGUCAACCACAACACGCUGGCGUUCAUCCGCCGAGCGAACUUAGCGCUUGACAAGUGGUGGCAGGAUUGUGAUGAACUGCAUCGUCAAACUAUGGAUGAAGAAUCUCUCUUGCGAAAAAUGCUCGCGGGAGAGUUGCACUACGCUAAGCUCUGGCUGGUAUGCGUAGCCCUUCGGGGCGUUUCGUGGGACAAGAUGCCGUUCGAGCAGCGUGAGCUUGCGUUCCAGGCGAAGGAUGCUGCCUCCAAUUGCUUGAGCAUCUUCCUCGGCUCUCCUGCCUAUCGAGCGGCGCUCCGCUACGCGGUGCACGACAGCCUAGUUACCGCUGCGUUCUCCGGCCUUUUCUUGCUCAAGAUGGCGAACCUGUUUCCGGCUGAACUUGACUUGGCAGCGAUCAUCAGUCAGGUUGAGCAGCUGGCGCACGUGUUAUCCGAGGUUGCUGCGGAGAGGUAUGCGCUGACGCUGCGCAUUAUGCUCGCCAACCUCAGGCGCAAAAUUGGGCUCUCGACAGCGGCCCCUCCACCGCCGAUGCAACAUGUCAUGCCCUUACCCGCCAGCGCGGAAGGUAUGGUCGUCCCAGCGACGUUCGUUGACCCCGGAACGGUGCCCCAACCGUUCACUCUAGAAGAACUCGGUUUCGCAUGGCCGCCGGAACGCGGCAUAUUCAGCCCAUCCGCGAUUCCGUUAUGGCUGCAGGAGCAGAGCUUAACGGACUUAGGCAUCCCGAUGAAUGGCAGUGAUGGUAUCUUCUUGCAGAUGACUGGGUCGAAUGGCUGGGGUGGUGAUCUCAACGCAAUGCCGGAAGCGUGGUAGGGUUCUGCUAGUCUUCUGUCGCUAUCCUGUAACAUUGGUUUGUGCUCGCUACGUUUCCUUCAUUGCGUGUUGUCUAUCGUAAGCAGUAUCCUUGUACUCUAUCUUGUCGUUGUUU